GACAAGCGGCCAUUUGCAGUCUGUUUUGGCGUCGCGGGUGUGAAGGAACGCACUUCGUUUUUACAUUUAGUUUUAGGUUUAGAGCGUUCGACUUAAUGCCGGUGUCGUCCAAUUUAAGUUAGACACAGCAUUAAGCAACGGCCUUUGUAUAUUUGUAAACGUUUAAAAAACGUACACAUAAAUAUUAAGGAAUAAGAUGGGUCGCAGUCGCAGCCCCGCUUCGCCCGCACACAGACGAAGGGAAAAGGAGCGCACAGAGCGCAAAAAGCGCCGAGAAAGACGCUCAAGAGAAAGAGAAGCCAUUGGGAUUGGCACCAGCAGCAGUCGCCGUGAGCGGGAACGUGAUCGUGAGCGCGAAAGAAGCCGCAGCCGUGACAGGGACCGUGAGCGUGAGCGCGAGCGUGACCGUGCUAGGGGAAGGCGUUCGAGAUCCCGUUCACGUCGUGCAGGCAGCAGCUCAGGCCCUUCGACAUCCAGGCGCGCCACACGGAACAAUUCAGCGAAUGCAGCUGCGGAGCGUCCAAAGAUCAAUGAAGCAGAUCUGGAGGGUAAAUCGCCGGAAGAGGUUGAGAUGCUGAAGACAAUGGGCUUCUGCACCUUUGACACCACCAAGAACAAGAAAGUCGAGGGCAACGAUGUUGGUGAAGUGCAUGUAAUCCUCAAGCGCAAGUAUCGCCAGUAUAUGAACCGUAAGGGUGGCUUCAAUCGGCCGCUCGACUUUGUCGCAUAGCCAGCGGCAACUAGUUUUUUAAAAUAUUACUGCUACAUUUUUUCACGUCCCUUGCGACUGCAAGGCGACGGACCUGCAAUUUUAUGCAAUAGACCGGUUUACAAAAUUCCCCAAAUUCGCCACACAAAAUUUCCACAAUCAUCACUCAACACAUACAAAUACCUCAUAUAUAACUAGCCAGUUAUUUAGUAGUUUAAGUCAAUUGCGUUGUUUUAAAAUUAGCUUUUGCGCGCCUUCAAAGCAAAACAAGAGUUAAUUUUACAACGAUGGCAACGCCACCAACCCUCCCACAAGUGUAACUGAAAGCUUAAUGCAAAAAAUGUACUAAAUUGCUAUCGAUAGCUACCAGAAAUUGAUGGGUGGCAGCACUAGUUGCUUGCUGCCGCACUUUUUUCUUUGUUUCGAAUACUUGAAUCAUAUAUUUUUUGUCCGUUUCUUUGCUUUCAGUUGCAUUUGCAAAAUGUUUAAUGCACACGAUUAAUGCUUUUUAAAUAUUUAAAGUAAUUACGAAUGUUCUUUGCUGUCAGAAAACCACUUACACACAAUAUGCUUGCAUACAUAUGCAUAUCAGUGUAAGCAUUUGGCGUUUGUUAAAACCGCGAAAGAAAAGAAACAGACGAAUUAACUGAAAAUCCAAAAUUUAUCACACAUACACAAUUACUUAAAGUAUUUGAAAACAUGAACACAUACACACAAAAUAUUCCCUACCCCGAUAAUCCUUUUCCCACAAACUUCCUCCAUACGCUGCAAUAGUACAAUUUUUACAACCAAAAAAAUAUAUAUCAAAUAUAUAUUUUAUAUAUAGAAAUUUAUUUAUACACACACACACCAAGUACCUACAAACCCCUCAAAGUCCCUACCGUUAAAUCGCAUCGAAUCUACAAUAGCCAUAGCCAUUUGUUGAAUCUGUUAUUUGUUUCACAAUCAAAAUGUUGUCAUUUUGUUUCUCUUUAAUAUAUUUAAAAACCAGCAACAGUUAAUUCAUUGAUCACAAGUGCCAAGUGAAAAAUACAAACGAAAAAACCAAGCAACAACAAAGCAGGCAGAUUAAACAAGUUUAUGUUUAAGUGCAGGCGCAAAUGAAAUAAAUACAUAAUUAUAUGUACAACUUUUAUACCUUUUUAUACUAAUAACAGUAACAAUAACAAUAACAAUGUGUAAACAAUAGUUAUUACUUUGGCAACAAUGAACUUCUAAGAAACAACAAAUUUGGCAAAUACACACACACACACACUUACAUAUAUAUUGUCAUUGUAGUUUUAAACAUAACAAAAUUGCAGGGAUUUUUCAUACACUUAUAAACCUAUUUAAUAAAAUAAAAAUAAAUGUAUAAAAAAUGUAAAUCUUUGGUUUAGUUUCGCUCUUGACAUUUAAGUUAGAUCAAACUUGUAAAUUACAAACGACUAAAAUACAAAUACAUCAAAAUUACAAAUGAGAAAUAAGUCUGUUUCAUUUACGUCACGCGCUAGCCAGAUAAUUCUCGACUCCUGUUUGAAAAUAUUUGUGUAGGAAAAAAACAAAAACAAAACACUGUAUUCAAAAUUUUAGAUCCGAUACAAUGAACAAGUAUGGCUUCUAUACACGCGCAGUAACUGCUCAGCUGCAGGAUACCCCGCUGUCGCCAUUUGUCCAACACCGCGAGAUUCAAAUACGGAAGCGUUCAUCGUCUGUGGCGGAUAAUUGCCGACGCUAUCUGCGCGUCGACAAGACGCUAGAAAAGGAUUUCGCACGCAAGUGCCAAAGAGCCUUCUACAUGGGUAAUCAAGCACAUGGCGACAUAUCCGACUUGGAUGCGAAACACUUGCUCGGGUACAAAGAGAGCUUGGCGCGCAUGUCCUGCCUGGAUCUCGAUAGCACACUGGCGGAUGAGCAUCGGAUGAAGGGCUGGCUGCCACCAAUCAAACGUCAAAUGUAGUCUCAAAUUGCGCACACCAAAUAAAAAAUGUUACUUUUCUUUUAUAAUCAAUAAGAAGCAAAUUUUAAUAGUAAA